AGUUCACAGCUGGAUCGCAGACGUUUCUCAAUUGUUGCCGCCGUGGAUGCACGCUCUCGUGUUCCGCCAGAUCUGUAGGCACAUACAUACAAACACACUCGCCCUUUUUUUUUUCUUUCUCGCGUUAUCCGACUAGCACAGGACUCGGGGAAAAGGAGCUGACGAGCUGCUGUACACACACGGCACUCCCUCACAUCAAUUAAGGAAGGGGAAAGACGAGAUAGUACCGCAAGAUGCUUCGUCGGUGCGUACCGUUGCUGAUCGGGAUGGAGGGGAAUGUCUUCGUAUCUGCCAUAAAGGACAAGCAAUACCUUGCCCACCGCCUGGCGCUGCUGGGGAAGCCCGAUGAACACUUCAAGCCACGGCAGAUGUCGGAGGAAGACAUCAAGCGGUUUACGACCUCCCUCGGUUCCGCGGAGUCGCUCUUCAACAAGCAGGCGGGUGCGAUCCCGACCAACGUAGUGGACGAGGAAACGGGCCGUGUGAUCGGCAGCGCGCAGCCCGACCCUACCCGGUACGGUGAUUGGGAGGUGAACGGCCGGUGCUACGAUUUUUGA